AUGAAGCGCCGGAUGGGCAAUGACGCGCGGAAGCGUCUGGGCGCAUACGAGAAGCAUGCAGAGAUCGGGCGUGGCACUUACGGUACCGUGUAUCUCGGAUACCAUGCCGAGUCUCGGGCACGUGUGGCCAUUAAAAAGGUACUCGGGUCGCUGGAUGCAGGGCGCCAUGAGGCGGACAUGCUCUUCAAGUGUCAAGGUGCCAAGCACGUAGUUCAGCUGCUUGAGGUCGUGGAGCGUCAUGACAAGCUCUACCUGAUACUGGAGCACAUGGACAGCGACUUGGAGACGUUGAUUGGCGCUACUGAGAGCGUGCCGGCACUGGAAGUAACACAAGUUAAGGCCUACUUGGAGAUGCUUCUACUAGGCGUACACGAGCUUCAUUCACGCGGCAUCCUGCAUCGCGACCUGAAGCCGAACAACCUGCUGCUCUCCAAGACACAGCACUGCGCCAAGAUCACCGACUUUGGCAUGGCGACAGUGAUCGAGAAGGAGAGUGACAUUGAGGACGGAGAUACUGAUGGAGACGACGCAGCGAGUGACAAGAAGAAGCCCAAGAGAUCCAUUCAAGUGGUGACCAGGGCAUACCGGGCGCCUGAGCUUUUCUUUGGCGAGGAGAGGUAUGGGUUCGAAGUGGACAUGUGGUCUGUCGGCUGCAUCUUUGCCGAGAUGCUGCUGCGACGUCCACUGGCCGAAGGAUCCUCGGACAUCGACCAGCUGAGUAAGAUCUUUGCCGCCUUGGGAUCCCCGUCAGAGAACGGAUGGGACGAAGCCAGUAAGUUGCCGUUUUUUCUCCGCUUUAAGGACACGAACCCGACGCCACUGGCCGAACAGUUCUCGAUGUUGUCGCGUGCUGGCGUCGAUCUGUUGUCUCGAAUGCUGCAGCUAAACCCGAAGAAGCGUAUCUCGGUGCGCGAGGCACUUGAGCACGAGUUUUUCAACGAGAAACCCGAGCCAGCAGCUCCGCUCGAUCUGAUUAUCGUAGACGCCCCUGAUCGUGUAGAACCUCCUGUUGUCGAUGGCGCUGACGUCGUCGUUGCGUCAGACGCAAGUCAUUCAUUUAUGAUCAAAGGGCGACGACUUUUGUAG